AUGGCUGGUAAAUACCAUGUUCGAUCUAUUAGCUUGCCUUCUAGAUCUCAUCCUAGCACCCUUAAACUCGAAGAAGAGCUUAACAAGCUCAAAACAUGGGAGUCAACAUCAACAUCAGUGUCGAUUUGCAAAGGUCUAACUGGUCUGGAUGAGUUGUACAAAUGCAUGGAUGGUCUUCUCAAUAUGACAUCAAUCCAACAAGUCAUUUCUCAACACCAACAUGAGAAAUGUGUGGAGGAAUUGUUGGAUGGUUCUGUAAGGCUUUUGGAUAUUUGUGGCAUUACAAGGGAUACCAUGUUGCAGAUUAAGGAACAUGUUCGAGCUCUUCAAUCUGCACUACGAAGGAGAAAGGGGGAUUCAAGCACUGAAAGCAACAUCAACAACUACACUUGCUUCAAAAAGAAAUUGAAGAAAGAUGUGAAGAAUUUGAUCACAGCAUUAAAGCAAAUGGAAAACAAAUGGGGGGCAAUAUCACCAGUCUUAGCUCAAGAUCACCACCUCUCAGCAGUGAUUCGAGUGCUUAGAGAAGUUUGUGUAAUGAAUGUUUCUGUAUUCCAAUCCCUCUUGCUGUUCUUGACAGUGCCAUUGUCAAAGCCAAAGGCAACUAGAUGGUCACUGGUCUCAAAGCUAAUGCACAAGGGUGUAAUAGCAUGUGAAGAGAAGCAAGAGAAUGUGAAUGAGAUGGAAGUUGCUGAUGCUGCACUAAGUACUUUAUGCAGAAAUGCCUCAAGUGAAGGGGUUGAUGCUAAGAAGAUACAAAGUGCAAAUAAAAAAUUGGAGGAUUUGGAGAUUGGCAUUGAAGACAUGGAGAAUGGUUUGGAAUGUGUGUUUAGGAGCUUGAUCAAAACAAGAGCCUCUUUUUUGAAUAUAAUCUCUAAAUAG